UUUCUGGAAAGAGAAGCAAGAUGAAGGCUUUCUAUCAGCUCUGCAUUCUUAUUGCCCUGGUGCUCAGCACUCAAUCAGGUCCAAUUCCAGCAGUGAUGGACAAGGAGGAAGAAGACAUGGCCAAGGAUUACCUAAAGAAGUUGUACAACAUGAAAGAGGAGACCAGGCGCACUUUUGGUCGCACGGUCAGUGAGAUGAGUGAGAAACUGGCUGAAAUGCAGAAUUUUUUUGAGCUGACUGUGACGGGAACUCUGGACAAUGAAACACUGGAGGUGAUGAAGAAGCCUCGCUGUGGGGUUCCAGAUGUUGCUUCCUAUGCUGCAGCUCCAGUAGACUACAAGUGGGCUACCAACAAGCUGACCUACAGGAUUGAGAACUACACUCCUGACAUGUCUCAGGCUGAGGUGGACAAUUCUAUUGUGAGAGCUUUCAAAGUCUGGUCUGAUGUCACUCCCCUCAAGUUCACCCGCAUUUACAGUGGUGUAGCCGAUAUCAUGAUCUCCUUCGGUGCCAGAGUUCAUGGCGAUGGCUACCCAUUUGAUGGACCAAGCGGUACCUUGGCUCAUGCCUUUUUUCCCUCUUCUGGCAUUGGUGGAGAUGCUCAUUUUGAUGAAGAUGAGACCUUUACCUUCGCAUCACAAUAUGGAAUCAACUUGUUCCUGGUUGCUGCUCAUGAGUUCGGACACGCCUUGGGCCUUGACCAUUCCAGGGUUCGCAAUGCUCUCAUGUUCCCAACCUAUAGCUAUAGGGAUGUAAAGACCUUCGUUCUGCCCCAAGACGACAUCCAGAGAAUUCAGGCUCUCUAUGGCUCCAACUCUGAUAAACCUGUUGCCCCUGAGAAGCCUGAUCCCACACGUCCAGUAACUCCUGAUACCUGCGACUCUAACAUGGUCCUGGAUGCCGUUAUGAUGCGGCGAGGAGAGAUGUUCUUCUUCAAGAAUGGAGUCUUUUGGCGAUCUCGGCCAUUCAGCAACCAGAAGGUACAACAUCAGAUCAAGAACUUCUGGCCCGAGGCUCCAGAGAACAUUGACGCUGCUUAUGAGAGCCCAUCAAAUGGCUUAAGCUACAUCUUUAAAGGUCAGAAGGUCUGGGCUUUCUCUGGUUCCAGUGUUGUCAACGGAUAUCCCAAACCCCUCAGCAGCUUGGGGCUGCCUACAACAGUAACGAAAAUCAACGCUGCUCUUUACGACCAGAACUCUCGCAAGACCCUUUUCUUUGUUGACAACAUUUACUACAGUUACAAUGAGGCACUGAGGAGGAUGGACAGGGGUUACCCUAAACGUCUGGAACAAGGCUUUCGAGGAAUGCCAGGAAAAGUUACUGCCGCUUUCCAGUACAGAGGUUACACCUACCUCUACAAUGGGCCGCGCAUUUAUGAGUUUGGCAAUGCAAGACUUAUGCGUGUACUAAAUAACCGUUACUUCCUGCGAUGCUAA